AAAACGACAACCUCGUAUCUGUGUCUUCGCUGGCCCGUCUAGAUCCAGAUAGUAAAGUUAAAGUUGGAUAAAGAGUUAAAAGAAAAAGACUUGACUCUUCCUCAGAGCUUUGAAGUCUUUGAAGCUAAGUAAAGGUCCUCUCAAUCUGGUGUUAGAUUUCCAAGCAUCUUUGCCGUUUGAUUGAGCAACUUGUUUUGGGUUAUGGAUUAUGACUCGGAUGAUGCUGUUACACUCAAAUCGGAUGGAACUAAUUAUCUACUAUGGACAUAUAUGAUGCGUAAUUUCGAGAUUGAAGGAGAACUGUGGGACUAUGUAAGUGGGUCAGCGACUCGUCCUGACCCCAAAGAUAAAGAUUACAUAAAUUUGAUUAAGCAUUGGGAAUCUAUGAAUUCAACGGCUCUGUAUAUUAUCAACUUUUAUGUUGAUAGUUCCCUUAAGAAACGUUUGGAUCAUAUUAAGUCUGCUAAGGAUGCAUGGGACUACUUGGCAGGGUUGUAUGCCCACGGUGGUGAGUCGAAUUUUGCUAAAAAGUAUCGGUUGGAGAGGGAGAUUGAGGGUGUGAAACAAAGUGGUUUUCCCAUUGCUGGAUUAUAUCGUCUUAUGCAAUGUUAUUGGCUGCAAUUAGAUGAGAUGGAGCCAAAGGAAUUGAGUGAUUUAGAGAGUUACAAGAAAUACCGUGAAGAGUCUCGGUUGGUUCAGCUUCUCAUGGCUUUACCAGAUAAAUUUGAGGAUAUUAGAAAGUCUAUGAUGGAACGUUCCCCUCUACCAACUGUUUCUGAAGCUGUGCAAGAGUUGCAAACUGUGGAGCGUAGACUAACAUAUGAUCAAUUUUCAUCUCUAUCAUUAGAUGACAAAGAUUGUCCUGCCAAGAAGACCAACAAUGAUCAGACAAAGAGAAGCAGACGAAGAAAAAAGGAUUCUCCCCAAUCAACCAGCUCUUCGACGCCAGGGAGUGGCAAAUAUCAGCCUCCGUUCAGAAGAGAGGGAAAUUGUUCGAGCAUGGUUUCAAGUGCAGUGAAAAUUCUGAGUUACAAUGUGUGGUUCCAAGAUUUGGAGAUACAUAAGAGGAUGGAGGCUCUUGGUGAACUUAUUCAAUUGCAUUCUCCUGAUGUCAUUUGUUUCCAGGGGGUUACACCUGAUAUAUACAACAUUUUUAAGGUAUCAAGCUGGUGGAACUCAUAUAAUUGCUCAGCUUCACAUCAAAUGGCCAGUAAAAGAAGAAAUUUCUGCAUGCAGUUGAGCAAACUUCCAGUAAAAUCCUUUAGCUGCAAACCGUUCAGCAAUUCUACAAUGCUGAGAGAACUGUGGAUGGCAGAGAUUGAAGUGAGGGGGAAAUUGUUGACUGUGUCCACAAGCCAUCUUGAGAGCCCCUGCCCUGCCCCUCCUAAAUGGGAUCAAAUGCACAGUGAGGAACGUAUAGCUCAGGCAAAGGAGGCUGUUAACUUUCUUAAGAAAUUUCCAAAUGUGGUCUUUUGUGGUGACAUGAAUUGGGAUGAAAAAUCGGAUGGAAAGUUUCCUUUAUCUGAUGGAUGGAUUGAUGCCUGGGCAGAUCUAAGGCCCGGUGAAAGUGGAUGGACAUAUGAUACUGUGUCUAAUCCAAUGCUGUCUUGGAACCGGCCUUUGCAAAAGCGGCCAGAUAGAUUUAUUUGCAAUCUGUGUGAUUUCAAAUUAAUUGCAAUCGACAUGAUAGGAAUGGAGGCUAUACCUGGAGUGUCAUAUAUGAAGGAGAAGAAGGUAAAAAAAGGGGUACAAAAGUCGAUGCUUCCUGUAUUGCCUAGUAAUCAUUAUGGCUUGCUCUUAAGGGUUAAUAUCCAGUAAAUUAUUGGCCUGGCAUGAUAACACUUUUAAAAGCUAGGUGUUUUGAGUGUUUCCAUUGCCCCUCCAAAAAAGAAAGAAAGAGAUGCUAGGUGUGUCAUUACUAUGGUGUCCACCAUCCUGCAAACUCUUGUAUUAUAUUGAUGUGUGCAGCUUCUGUAAUCCUGUGAUGCUCCUUAAUUGUUGUGUGAAGUUUCUGCAUUACUUCAAAAAAAAAGUUUGGUUUGUAUUGUAGGGCUUAUGAUGUUUAGAAGUUUACGCUGGUGUACUGUCAUAGUGGUAUGGGAAAUGAUUGUUACAGUGUGUUGAUAACACUACUGCCGCACCACUACUAGUCUAAUGCUACAUUAUGUAACUGUAGUUGCAUUUCUUUUCCCCUUUGUAUUGUAAAUCGUGUUGAAUGUAUGUGUUUUUUACUAUGA